ACUAAAUCAUUUUCUUCUGAGCACACCAGUUCCAAAUGGCCGCCCAGGGUCCUAAAUCCGGCGGCUGCGGAGAGGGACUAGCGGGUGUCCUCCUCUGCAGAGCCGUAGGACUCGAGCGCCUUCAUCACUGGACCUUGGAAGCCAGGAAGGAAACCCACACACUCAGGGACAGCCCGGGCGCCGCGGUGGCACGGAGCUGGGAGAGGACGAGAGAGGCUGGCGCGGGAGAAGCCGAGAGUUGCUACCGACCGGGAGCUGCAGGCGGCGGGAGCAGACGCAACCAUAGCCGCUUUCGAACGCGAAGCCGCGGAGAGCCAAGCUCGGCUGCUGGGGCUCGGCUCCCCGCGCUCUGCCUUGCCCUUUCGGCAGAGGGCAGCUCCCUGCCUGCUGCAGCCCCGCCACUGUGCGCCCGGCCGCCCCGGGGUGCGCCCAGCCCGCCCCCCGAGCGGCCGCCCGGACUCCAGCAGUUGGACCGACCCUCGCCCUCCGGUGCAUGGACAAACUUCCUUCCUCCCGGGCCCCGGUGCCAAGCAGGCUGACAGGCGGCUCCCUCGCCGGUCUCCUCUGGGCUCCGGCCGGGCGAGCUUGCUCUCUGCCCCUCUCCAACCCCGAGCCCCUGGCGCCUAUAGCCGUCCCCGCGCAGCGGCUCCAACAAAGCCAGAGGCCCGGAGACGACCCGGCAAGGGGCUGGGAGGGGUAGCGGAGACCCCAGAGCCAGAAGGAGGCGUCCCCUCGGCGGGGCGAGUACAGUGGGAAGGGGCAGCGGGGACGUAGCGGGGACAGAAAGGGGAAGAAAGUGUCCUGUUCUCGGCGCGAACGCCUUCCUGGCUCGUCCUCGCUCCCCUUCUCCCCCUGCCUGAGCGCGUCCAGUGUCCCGUUGGGAAUUGGCAGGCGGGGGAGGGAGGAGGGGAGAGGGGACGCGGUGGCCUGGCAAGCGAGCCGCUCCCUUACC